UUUUAGUUUAUUUAGCUGACUUUAAGAUAGCAAGCAACCUUCAGUGUGCAUCUGUGGGAUUGUUUCACCUGUUUUAUUGUCCAGGAGAUGAAAAUGGCGCAUGCAUCUGAUCACUUGGUGAAGUACCAGCACAAGACACAUGAGUUGAAGAAUCAUUCAAACUAAUAAUGCUGAGGGUUGUUUAGAUCCCUAACAAUCAUGCAUGAGCGGCAGUAAUAGUGAUGAUUGACGAUUUUAUGAUCAAAAUGCAAUCCCAGUCCCAGAAUGGACCGACUCUCAAAGGAAUAAAGAGGCACGUCAUUAGGGAAAACUGAGAGCACGGGAGAGACUGAAAGAGAGCGAAAGGGUGGAGACAGAGAGAUCAUGAAGCUGUGUGUACAGAAGCAGCGAUAUAAACAGGAGAUGCUGGAGAGAUAAGGAAAUUAAGGGAAAGGGCGCAACUCAAAUAAACACUCAAACAAACGCACUCUUUUCUGUCUAUACGACCCCUCACAAAGUCUGGGACGCAGACGGAGUGUCUCUCUCACAAAUACUGGUCACUGAAAGCAUUCAAUAGCAUUUGACCUCUUGUAGAAUCCCAAAACGCAACAACUUCACCGGAGAGCUUCUGAAAUCCUGCAGCAUCAAACCUGAAGAAUGCAAACCUCAACCGAGCGUGAGAAACCGUCUGACAUGCAUUGGUGCUCUUUAAUGUGAGCCGUCAGACAGAUGUUGAUGCAAGCGCAAAGUCGACUGAAUUUGACACCUAAAGCUACAGUGGAGAUUCUCAGAGGAGCUGCAUCGUCUGAAACACCGCUGCAUGUCCUCCUGCACGUUCUUGAUGGAUCAUCUUUAGCCGAUUUUCUCGAAUUCAUGGAGACAUAUGGUUCUUCAUGUUUAGUCAUUUCUUGAAAUCUUCCAACAGCAAGAGGGGUUGCAUGUUCAUGAUGCAACUAUGAAUGGACACUGAUCGUUUUUAUUGAACGAUCUGAGACUGGAUAUUUGGUCAUUGUGUUUUUUUGGAGAAGAACCACGUAGGCGUCAUUCUGCACAACACUUUGAUCAAGUGCUUCGAAAGUAAAUCACCAAGAAUAUCCAAUGAAACAAGCCAAAUCUUCUGUUCUAGACACCUCCUGGACUUCCCACGUAAGACACGCCCCUCUGCUCCGCCUCAACGCUCUUGACUUCUCCGACUUAUGGGAUGAUGAGGAUCUUGAGUUGGACAGCGCUGAAGAAGUCUCCUCCCAUACUUCGGCCAAUCAGAUUCCAACCUCACCCGUCCCUCCACCCCCUCCCCCUUCGGCUCCGCCCCCACCUGUAGCCAGCGAGUCGCCGCGGCUGUCAGGCUGUCGUACUCUGAGGCUCCACUGGAGCGCGCUGUUGAGUCUUCAGCCUUUGCCGAGAGUGGGCCGCUUCGGGCUUCAGUCGAUCUGGGCCGGUCUGGAGCCAGUUCAACUGGAUACCAAUAGACUGGAAUACCUGUUUGAGAGCAAAAGCAGCAACAACAGCGCCCUCUGCAGUCUGACAGGGGGACGACAGAAGCAGCCGUGCGUGUCUGUUUUGUGUGUGAAGCGCAGUAACAUCAUUACUAUAGCUCUGAGCAGUCUGCCACUGGUUCACCUGCUUCCUCCUGCAAUAUACAGCAUGGACUACACUGUACUAGACAGAGAAGACAUCCAGAGGUUGCAGAUGUUGGUUCCCACUGAAGACGAGCUGAAUCUGAUAAAGGAGGCAAAAGCUCAGGCCCCGCGGUCCCCUCUGGGCCCCGCAGAGCAAUGUCUCCUGACCCUGGGGAACGUUCCUCAUCUGAGCACCAGACUGCAGCUCUGGGCCUUCACUCUGGACCAUGACACACUGGAGAGAGAAAUCGCAGAGCCACUCUACCAUCUGAAGCUUGCCAUGGAGCAGCUAGCGGCCAAUCAGACAUUCCGCUGCAUACUUGCGACUGUGCUGGCCGUCGGCAACUUUCUGAACGGCUGUAUGGCGAGGGGGUUUGAGUUGAGUUACCUGGGCACACUCUCUCAGGUGAGAGACACACAAGGCCGGCAGCCUCUUCUUCAUCACGUUUGUGUGCUAUUGCUCCAGCUUUACCCACAAUCCUCCGAUCUGUAUUCCGACAUCACUGCUGUCACAAAAGCCAGCAAGUGCGACUACACACAAGUGCAGCUGAAUCUCUCGCAGCUUCAAUCGCUUUGCAAAGCAUCCUGGGAUCAACUCCGACUACUUGAGAAAGAUGGAAAGAAAGGUGGAGGAAGAAAAGAGGAAGGCGGAGAAGAGGCAGCGCUCCAUCAGCGGCUCACGCAGUUUCUGAAAGACUGUGAGGAGAGGUUGAAGGUGCUACGAGCCGUUCACCGCAGGGUCAUCAACAGGUAA